AAUCUUCAGAUGACAAUAGCUUAGUUAGUUCAAAAAUUGAAAAUAAAAAAAUGGACCAUUUUCUUGCUUGUACACCAACGUUUUUAGAACAAGCUCAAUUUGAAGAUCAAAUUUUAAAUAUCACAAUAACCAAUACUAGAUGUAUUUUAAAAUCUGCAACUGAAACUAACAAAUCUUAUAUACAAAAUAAAGCAUGCAAUGAUUCACAUAGAAUUAUGAUCGCUUUUGAUGGAUGGAAAAAUGUAAUAAACCAGGAAAUACUAGGUUCAGUACUAAUUAAAUCUAAUGGCAAGACUUUAGGAUGGAAAUCA